AUGAUAUAUCACGAUAGGAAACCAGUUGCGCUCAUAAGUACGUACCAUAAUACCGAGCAGGUGAUGGUUAAGUCCAAAUCAAAUUUGUCGUGCCAGUGGAAACCCAAAUUGGCCAUCGACUACAAUAAAUACAUGGGUAGCGUUGAUCGCAAAGAUCGAAUGAUACCGUAUCUACUAGAGAGGAAGAGUUGCUUCAAGUGGUAUCUUAAACUAUUUAAGCGAUUAUUGGAUGUUUCUAUAUUGAACGCGCGUAUACACCGAGAAAAAUCUUCAAACGAAUCAAAAGAUCAUUUAGUUUUCCGUUUAGAGUUGGUGACUGAGGUAAUCGAUAAACAUAUCACUCAAGUUCCUCGCCUCCGCCUCCGCCGUGUCGAAGUCAACUCAAUUCCGCGGCGUGUAGACUUGCCUGCGAGGCGCUUAACUGACAGUCUUCACUGGCCAGCGUCUUACGAACACUCUAGCAAAUCUAACCGGACCAAAUGA